UAUUUACCUUUUUAAAAUAAUAGUUUAUAAAAUUUCUUAAUUUCAUACAAAAUGUGUGAAAAAUAUUUAGUUUCCAACCAUAAAUUAGAUAUAUUAGGCAUUCUAGAGGAUUCUGAUAUAGAUAAGUGCUAUACUGUAAAUAUCAAUUUUUUAGAAUUGUUCGAAUCAGAUACGAAUUUAGGAAAUGCAUUACUCUCAGAUCCAGAAAAAUCGUUACGUAAUUGGAAUGAUGCUAUUAUGAAUGUCCAAGAUAAUUUUUUAAAAGAAUAUGAUAAGAAAUUCAAACUUAAAAGUAAAGUUACUUGCAGGAUACAUACGUUACCACCUUGGCCUCAUAUAUCCAGAGUUAUGUUUCCUGGAAACGAUGAUGCAGAAAAGUUUCUUCAAAUUACAGGGACUGUUGUAAGAUUGUCAGAAAGAAAGCUACUGGAAUAUCAAAGACAAUAUAUGUGCAUUAAAUGUAAAUAUCCUAUAACUGUUGUGGCGCUCUACGAUAAAAAGAAUAUAAUAAAAAUUCCAAAAAGAUGUAUUAACCCUGAAGGAUGCACCUGUAAGAAUAUAGUGAGUUUUGGUGAGCUGGAUUCAUUUAACUGUAAAGAUUAUCAAGAAAUAAAGAUUCAAGAAGAUGUAUCAAAAAUUAAUAUAGGUACAGUACCCAAAACAAUAACAGUGACUCUAGAAGAUGAUUUGGUGAAUAUAUGCAAACCUGGUGAAAAUAUUACUAUAACAGGUAUUGUUAAAAGGAGAUGGUCAGAGUUUGAGAAGGGUGUCAAAAUGCUAGUUGAUAUAGUUAUGAGAGCAAAUCAUGUUCAAAUAAAUAACAGUGGUGUGUCUAUGACCAUAGCAGAUGAUACAAAAGUAUUUUUCAAUAAAUUUUGGCAACAAUAUAAAUGCAAUCCUUUAGAUGGAAGAAACAUUAUUUUAAAUUCAAUUUCACCUGAAAUAUAUGGACUACAUCUAAUCAAAUUAGCUAUAGCUAUUGUUCUAGCUGGAGGCAGUCAAACUGAUGAGGAAAAACAAUCCACUGGAAUUGAUACCAGAUCUGAAUCUCACUUACUUCUGGUUGGUGAUCCAGGAACAGGUAAAUCUCAAAUGUUAAAGUUUGCAUCUAAAAUUGUUAGAUCAGUCUUGACUACAGGAAUAGGUUCAACAGGUGCAGGCUUAACUGUUUCAGCUGUUAUGGAAAAUGGCGAAUGGCAUUUAGAGGCUGGAGCAUUGGUAAUGGCAGAUGGUGGUAUUUGUUGCAUCGAUGAAUUUAAUUCGAUGAGAGAACAUGAUCGAACUAGUAUCCAUGAAGCUAUGGAACAACAAACAAUAAGUGUAGCUAAGGCUGGAAUGGUAUGUAAACUGAAAACAAGGUGUUCAGUAUUAGCAGCUUGCAAUCCCAAAGGAAAUAUUGACAUUCACCAGCCAUUAUGUAUGAAUGUAGCAAUGUCUGGUCCAUUGCUAAGUCGUUUUGACUUGAUUAUACUACUGAGGGACAUAGUGGAAGAAGAAAAUGAUCUUAAAUUUGCUCAUCUCUUAUUAAGUCAUAUCACUGCAUCGAAUAAUGUAAAUUAUUGGGAUCUUGAAAAACUACAGGUCUACUAUAUCUUAAUUAGAAAAUUAAAUCCUAUGCUUUCUGCCGAAGCAGAAACAAUAUUGAGUACUUAUUACCAUUUCCAACGAAAAUUUGGCAGUAGAAAUAAGGCAAGAACAACGGUGCGCCUUUUGGAAAGUUUAAUCCGAUUAUCACAAGGACAUGCAAAACUGAUGUUCCAUUCUGAAGUAGAAGUGAUGGAUACAAUUUUUCCUAUUAUCCUAGUAGACAAUUCACUGGAUUAUGAAUCUUCCCUUUUCAAUUUUAAGAUUGAUAAUAAUGCUUUCUUCGAAAAUCCAGAAGAGCAUUACACAAGUUACUUAAAUAUUAUUUUAGAAAAAUUAAACCUAGAUCAUAUUUUGGUGAAUCAAAAUAGAAAUAAUGAUGAAGAUAUCGCAAAAUUUAACAAGUCUUCCCCAGAAGCUUCAACAAGUAGUGGUAAAAAUGUUGAAUCACCAAAUCAAUUCAAUAUGGAAACACCUGAUAAAGGGACAUCUAAUCCUGAAUUAGUAAAGCAUGGAUUUCCAAACAUGUUUGACUUUUUAGAUACCGGUAAGAGAGGAAAUAAUUCGAAAAGAACCAAUUUGAAAAAACUCAAGCGUAAAGAUGAAAAGAUUUUAAGUCAAAAAUGUCCUUCCAUACAGGAAUUAGAUGAUAUAAUGUUAAAUAGUGACAGACCAUUAAAGCAUUUUGGUAGUGAUAAUAUAAAUAGCAAGGAAACUAAAUGUUCAGAAAAUAAUCUGGAAUGUGAGACGAGAGAUGUAAAUAAUUCUAGUGAAUUACAGUGUGGUUCCAAUGAUUCUAAUCUAAUAUUGGAGGAUAAACAAAGAUGUGACAACACUGUAUUGGUUGCACCAAAAUGUACAUCAAAAAAGUCUAGAAAAGAAAAGAAAAACACAAAUUGUGAUAAUUUAUUAAGUGUUUUGCCUAGUGUUAAUGAUGAUUUCUCUAUGUUCAAUAUUGAUUUUAACUGUGAUUCCAAUGAUGAUAUCUAUGAUUCUAAUGAUACUAGAACUGUUAUUGAUAAGAAUGUCGAUGACGAAAAUGGUGCUAAAUAUUUGUCCAGUGAAGGUCCUGGCAUUUCAGGAGUUGCACAACCACUCAAAAUUGUUGAUGAACAAAAUGCAAAUCCUAGUUCGAAAAAUUUAGAUGGGAAGAAUUCAUUUAAUGAAAAAUUUCACAAUAAAAAAAUACUAAAUGAAGGCCUGCUUAGUCAAAAAUGUCCUUCUAUACAAGAACUAGAUGAUAUCAUGAUGGAUACUAAUGAACCUUUAAAGCAUUUUAAUAGUAAUGAAAUAAACUGGCAAAAAUUUAAAAAAAGUAAGAAGAUUUGCAUAAGAAAAGAUGAUAAUAUAACAAGUAGAACUAUAAACGUGGAAAAAUCUGUUGAAGGAGAUAGUGAUGAUGUCCAACAGACAAGUUCCAUAUCAAAAAGUUACCAAGAAGAAUCUGUAAAAGUAGAUAAUAGCAAACAUGAUUAUGAACUGUCUACUUCCAUCUGUGAUAUUAGUAAGAUUAAUAGCAUUAAUAACAUUAAUAAAAAUGAACAGAAAAAUUGUGCCUCAUUGGAAGAAAAUUCUUGUUCAAUUAAUAAGUCUAACAAUUUGCAAGUGAGUUCAGUUACCAAUAGUACUUUAAACGUUUUAUCAAAAUUCCAAUUUGUUCCAAAAGAAUUAAGAGAGAAAGAUAAUGCAACUAUAAAUAAUAUUAAUCAGGACAAUAAAAAUAAUUCCACAAAGGAAUCUGCCACCAGUAAAACUAUGACCGACAUAAAUAAUACAAAUGAAGGUCAGACCAAAUCAAAUAAAAAGAAAUUUAAUUUUAAAAGACUUAGUACAAUAAUGGAUUUUGAUAAAUUAGAUAAUGAUAUUAAAGGAUUUGAAGUGGCAAAUAUUGUUUCAAGUCAAAAGACAAAAUCUUAUGGAAUAAAAAAUAGUCAGAAUGAGGAUCCUCAGAAUAUUCCAAAGGAUUCUAUAGAAGGAAUAUCAAGUAAAAUGCAAAUAAAUGCUGCUAAAAGAAAUACAAAAAUACAUUCUAAUUUUCCUAUGUUAAAUUUAGAUUUGAAUGAUAUGGACUUGUGAUAAAUUUUGUUAUGUAAUUAUGUAGUUAAUUAUAUAUAUAUAUAUUUUUAAC